AUGUUAAUACCAACAAGAUGGCUUUGUGAUGAAGUUUGGACUUGUGUUGAUUCUAUUAUUAAAGAACCAUUUAUUAGAAUAUCAAAGAACUUAAACCAAGUUAAUGAUGUUGCUUUUCAGCAAACUGCAUUUAUUCCUAAACAUUACAAUAACAUUCAGGAAGUUCAAGAUCCAUUAAAACGUCAAGGCAAAGGUAGACCUGCUGGCAAACGAAUUAAGGCCUAUAAUGAGAAAGGUCAUAGCAGUAAAAUUCAAAGAAGCAAUGUUUAUGAAGAAGGCAUUGAAAAUUCAGUAACAAAUGAUUAA